GCUAAGUCAAUUACUGCACAAGUAAACAAAUUAUCACUGCAGCGCGACAGUCGACACCAUCUCUGCAACCACACACCGCAGCUUGCGCCGUCGAUAUCUGUUCCGUACAUGUCUUUGACGACAUCUUGACGAAGCAAAACCCUUUCCUUUGUUUAGCGUGCAGCCAUACACCGUCUCCUAGCGUUCAUCCGGGUUACAAUCAUGCGGUGCGAUUGAUACAUUUCCCAAGACAUACUCCAACCCAAGCAGAACCCUCAACAUGGCGACUUUAGCACCUUUGGCUCAGCUGCUGGAUGCCAGUCUUGACCCUAGGCAGAACAAAGAAGCCGAGCUCAAGAUCCGCUCCGAAGAGAAGAAGCCUGGCUUUGCCCUUUCCCUACUGCAAAUCACUGCCUCAAGCGACUUUCAGUACAACACGAGACUCGCAAGCGCCCUCUUCUUCAAGAACUUCAUCAAACGAAAUUGGACUGAUGUAGAAGGCAACUACAAACUCCCCCAGCAAGAUGUCACUGCGAUCAAAACCGAGAUUGUGGGGUUGAUGAUAUCCGUGCCUCGUGGCAUACAAACACAACUGGGUGAAGCGAUCAGUGUAAUAGCAGACAGUGAUUUCUGGGAAAGAUGGGAUACUCUGGUCGACGAUCUCAUCUCUCGACUGAAGCCCAAUGACCCUGUGGUCAAUGCUGGUGUGCUGCAGGUCGCUCAUUCGAUUUUUGCGCGGUGGCGACCCCUGUUUCGAUCUGAUGAACUCUUCACUGAGAUCAAUCAUGUCCUUUCAAAGUUCGCUCAACCCUUUCUCUCCUUGUGGCAAAGUCUGGAUGCGUACAUUGAGAGCCAUAGCAAUGACAAGCAAGCUUUGCAGAAUGCUUUCACUGAACUCAAUCUGACCCUCCAGCUUUUCUAUGACCUGUCAAGUCAAGAUUUGUCUCCAGUCUUCGAAGACAAUCUACAGGGGAUUUCUGGAUUACUCCUAAAAUAUCUAACCUACAAGAACAACCUCCUGGAAACCGACGACGAGUCUGAGCCUGGCCCGCUGGAAAAUACCAAAGCUGAGAUCUUUGAAGCUCUGACAUUGUACAUCGGCAAAUAUUAUGACGACUUCUCGAAGCAUGUCGGAGGCUUUGUGGAGAGCUCCUGGCAUCUUUUGACGACCACAGGGCCUGAGCCCAAAAAUGACACGCUGGUCAGCAAAGCGCUGCUAUUUCUCACCUCGAUCGGAGGAAUCAACAAACAAGCACAAACCUUUGCCGACGCGAACAUUCAGACCCAGAUAAUAGAAAAGGUGGUUGUUCCUAAUGUGGCAUUACGGGAUUCAGAUGUUGAAAUGUUCGAAGACGAGCCGAUUGAGUUUAUUAGACGAGAUCUUGAAGGUUCAGACAGCGAGACGAGGAGACGAGCGGCAGGGGAUUUUCUACGGCAACUGAGUGACCAAUUCGAGCAGUCUGUCACUCAAAUUGCGAUGUCGUACGUCCAAAAGUGCCUACAAGACUUUUCAGCCAACCCACAAGAGAAUUGGAGAUCGAAAGACACGGCAGUGAGCUUGUUCUAUGCUACAGCAGCCAAGGGCGCUACCACGUCCACUCAUGGUGUCACCAAAACAAACAGCUUGGUCGACAUUGGUGACUUCUUCUCGAAGCACCUCGCAGGCGACCUUCAGGAUGAUAAUGCUCAAGCGCUGAUCAAAGUUGAUGCCAUCAAGUUCCUGUACGUUUUCCGAAGCAUCAUCACCAAGGAACAGUGGCAGUCCGUCAUGCCACUUCUUGUCAACCAUCUCGGGAACUCGAAUUACUGUGUCUACACGUAUGCAGCUGUUGGGGUCGAGAGGGUGUUAGCCAUGACAGAUGAGAGUGGAAAACCAGUUAUCGACCCAUCACAUAUUGCGCCGCUGGCUAGUAACUUGCUGGAACACCUAUUCAGCCUAGUCGAGAAGGAUAGCGCACCAGAAAAGGUACAAGAAAACGAAUUCGUGAUGCGCUGCAUCAUGAGGGUGUUGAUUGUCCUUCGAGACGGCGUUGCUACCGUUGCCGAAAGCGUUGUUCAGCAUCUUACGACGAUAACGAACAUUAUAGCCGCCAAUCCGAGCAAUCCCAAGUUCUACUACUACCACUUCGAAAGCAUCGGAGCUCUUGUCCGAUUCACACCGGCAUCACAGUCAGAGGCUCUAGGGUCUGUGCUCUUCAACCCGUUUGCGGCUAUCCUGUCGAACGGUGUCGAGGAAUUCAUCCCGUACGUGUUUCAGUUGUUGGCGGCGUUGUUGGAGGCUGAACCUACCAAACCACUACCUGCACAGUACAAGCCUCUGAUUGGACCAAUACUCGGUCCUCAGCUAUGGGAACAGCGUGGUAAUAUACCCGCUUUGGUGCGGCUGCUCACGGCACUUGUCCCCAGAGCGGCUGACGAACUGAUCGCCGGCAAUCAAGUUGAAGGCGUCCUAGGCAUCUUCCAGAAACUGGUGUCGACAAAAAUCUACGAAGGUUAUGCUUUCGACCUGCUCGAGACAGUCAUCAGCACUUUCCCAUCUUCUGCACUCGAGCAAUACUGGAUACAUAUUCUCAACAUCAUGCUCACCCGACUGCAGAACAAGCAGUCACAGGGAUUUCAACUUCGAUUUGUCCGAUUCUACCAUUUCAUUGCGGCCCGUGACGACAAGGGUCUCGGGGCUGAUUUCUUUGUGGCAGCCACAGAUCGAGUCCAGAACGACAUCUUCCGCCAACUGUACUUGGGCAUAAUUCUGCCCAAGACGCAGGAAUUGGCUCGUCCACUGGAUCGAAAAGUCGCCGCCAUAUCCUUGACCAAGACACUGGCAGAUUCUCAAGCUUUUGUCGACCGCUACCCGAAAGGCUGGCCAUUGACAUGUAACGCGUUACUCAAACUGCUCGAAGAUCCUCCUCUUCCACCGAAAGCGAACGACGAUGUUGCCGAGCUUGACGUUGAAGAUAGCAGCUUUGGUGUUGGUUUCACGCAACUUAAUACUGUGCGUCGACCUGCUCCUGAUCCAUACCCGGAGGUGACGGAUCUUAGAAAGUGGGUGGGUCACUAUCUCUCGGCGGCUGAUCAGAGGCACGGAGGGCGUAUAGGCAAGGUGGUGACGGAGAGCUUGAGCAACGACGCGAAGAAAGUUCUGGGCGCCUACAUGGCGCUGUAGGGCAGCUUAGAAGCGCCGCUGUCUUUUGAUUUCCAGUUGCUAGAGCUAAAUGCCUACCAAGAGGGUGAGUGGGAGCAGAUCGAAAAGUUCAUCCAAAAGUGAUAGCCAUGCUCUAUCUGAGGCGAUAGAGAAAAGAAUCUAUCACUUUGCUCGAAAAUUGUCGCGUCUCUGCUGUACUACCGCCUCGUAGUCGGGAAGUUGUAGCGAGGCAGGUUGGCACAUUCCGUGGUGCAAGGCUGGGCAAGGCUGCGCUGGGACGUGCGGAGUGCUCCAAAAUCUUUCUCCAAUAACGAACGGUUGAUGUACAGUCGGAACUG